AUGCAAUUCAAUUAUGCACAAGUACUUUUGAAGGUCCUUUUUACUGCUUGCCGAACUAAUCCUUCUUUUUAUUGUAUUGUUAUUGAUACAUUGACACUGGCGCAUGACCCAAGCUUUUGGUCAGACGAAGAUCAUGGUGUAUUGAUCUUUGUUUGUUUACAGGCAAUGGACUUGGUCGAGGAUGAUCAGUCUCUAGAGUCGUUUAUGAAUCUAGUGACUGAAUUUUGUGCUCAAGUAGGUGGAGGGCAAAAUGCAACACUCCUGACAUUUGCGGUAUUUGGUUUGGAAAGAUCAUUGAGGAUCAUAUCAAUGACUGAUAGUGGAGCGCUAUACAUUAUCGUCUAUAUAAUGAAGGUGAUACAAACAUCCAAUGAUAUAGCCAAGAUUAUCGUCUAUACAAUAAAGAUGAUGCAAACAUUCAAUGAUAUAGCCAAGAUUGUAAACCAUACAACAAAACCAAGGUCGGAUGCCUUCUACGUUGGAAUGGCUCUGUUAUCCAAUUGA